GUCGAAGCACCAUUACCAGACGUCUCAGUGAGCUAGCAGCAGACAAAGAGUCCAAGAUCAAAUCUAAACUUGAAAAGACGGACACUGUGUCUGUAACUGUUGAUAUUUGGACAGAUCGAAGCAUGCGUGGAUUUUUAGGGGUAACAGGCCACUUCAUGGAGAUGGAGGAAGACAGCCCAAGCCUGCAGACAGUUCUCUUGAGCUGUGAACGAUUCACAGGUUCACACACUGGAGAACGAAUAAGCGAGAAAUUUGAGGAGAUAUGUGACAACUUCAAUAUAAUGCACAAAGUAGAUUACAUUAUCUGUGACAACGCAUCAAAUAUGAGAAAGGCCUUUACAGUUUGUUUCCCCUCUACAACAACAACUGAGAUCGAAGAUGGUGAAGAUGACCUGGAGAACAGCAACUUAUGGGAGGAGUUAAGUGACAGUUUACAGGAUGAAGUGGAAUCUAUCCAGCGCAGCUGCCGUCAACAGCGACUUCAGUGCUUUGCACAUUCAUUACAGCUUGUGGUGCGGGAUGGACUGAAAGAGACUAAGAUUCUGAAUACUGCAAUGGCAAAAGUUACAAAAUUCUGCAGUCUGCUUCAUUCCACAUGCGGGCUGAAAGAAGCAUUUGAGAAAGUGUUUGGAGCCAAUCGCAGCGUCCCGUCUGCCGUGUCAACCCGAUGGAAUACGACUCUUCGCCUUGUGGAGUCAGUCACUGAGCUGGACCCUCAAAGUCUAAAUACUCUUCUAGAAGCCCAAGGACAUAAAGGCCUGUGCCUAUCUGCAAGAGAAUUGAGUCAGCUGAAAGAGCUUGUGGAUAUUUUGGCCCCAUUUCUUCAAGCAACAGACCUCACACAAGGGGAGAAAGUUGUGACUUUAAGUGCAGUUCUGCCCUGUGUUCUCUCACUCAACAGCCACCUCAACAGUAUGCUGAAUACAACUCGGCAUCUGAGUGGUUUUGUGAAAGCUCUCCAGAAGUCACUACAAUUCCGUUUCCAGGGGAUCUUUGCAAAUGUCAAAAUGGCUGAUUCAGCUCAACCUGCAGGAGAUCUUCCAUAUGGAGAUAUGGUCUAUAUGAUGUCAGCUGUACUUGAUCCAUCAUUUUGCUUUUUUUGGCUCGAGCAAGAUGUCCUUGGACCAGAUGACGUCAAGAGGGAAGUGAAGGAGAUGAUAAUAGAACUGGUCUUGGCUGAGGCUCGGAAAGUCGCCAUACUUCCUGAGAGCACUAGUGGAGAGGAUGAUAAGAAUGAUGAUGCACCACCUGCUAAAACACCACGCCUUUUCACUGGCUACAGGAAGAAAAGCAACAAGAAAGGUGACCAUGUAUCAUCUGUCAGAGGUGAGCUUGAUCGCUACAUCCAGGUGUCCUCUGAUGAAGAAGAAGUGGACUGCCUAGGUUUCUGGAAGAGGCAUGCCAAAGUCUUCCCAAGGCUCUUUCUUGUGGCUGUGAGAGUGCUUGCUGUCCCUGCCACCAGUGCACCAGUAGAGCGGGUAUUUAGUCAUGGAGGCCUAAUAAUGCGCCCUCACCGAGCCAGGAUCAGUGCAAGGACAUUGUCCACCUUGAUCUUUUUGAAAUGUAACCAUUCUGUUGCCUAAUACUUUUCUAGGUCUUACUGACCUCUGGAAGACACACUCAAGCUUGGUGGUGUUUGCCCAGUAGUGCAUUAAGAGAGAAUUAAGAUAAAACAUUCUGAUCUUAAUGUAAGUUUGUUUUUGUUUAAUACUUUUGUUCUAGUCAGAACACCACAAUUGAUUCUUUCCACAAAAAAUGUUAUUGUCGGCACAGAAGUAACGUUGUAACAAGUUGUUAAAGUACUUUAAGUGUUUUGUUUACAAGUUGUUUACAUUAAGCUAUAGUGAGAUGUUUUGCACUAAAUAGAAGGAUGUUACUGUACUGACAUGAAAAGAGUGUAAUGUCCAGUUAAAAAUUUGAAAAGACCGUAGACAGUCUUAACA